AUGAGUGAGAAUCUUACACCCGAUGAAGUUGAUAUAGAAGUAUUCGGUCAAAACAGUGUUUUUGAAGGACCAGAAAAACUUUUGGAAAUUUGGUUCGAGCCUUCAAAAGAUGCUAUUCCAAAUAGUCUCUUUCAAAAUGAUACGGAAUACUCUUUAAAAAAUGGCUUACGUCUAGUUGAAAGAGUUGUAUGGGACAAGUUUUUGGAACUUGUUAAAUGUGAAGUAUUAAAUGUAAUUAAUAAUGAUUAUAUGGAUGCUUAUUUAUUAAGUGAAUCUUCGAUGUUUAUUUAUCCUCAUAAACUUAUUUUAAAAACUUGCGGUACAACCACUCUUUUGGUUGCUUUACCUCGCCUUCUUGAAAUCGCAUCUGAAUAUUGUCAUCUUCAUAAAGUAUGGAGAGUAUUCUAUUCUCGCAAGACCUUUAUGUUUCCGGAACGUCAAUUGCAUCCACAUAAAAAUUGGAAUGAGGAAAUAAAAUUUUUAGAUCAACUUUUCGGAAAGGGCGCAGCAUACACGGUGGGAAAAAUCAAUGGAGAUCAUUGGUUCCUGUGGAUAGCAUCUUCUCCAGACGGUAUCUUGAAAGAUCCUUCACAUAAUGAUACAUGUUGUCCAACAUUUUCAUGUCCUUUAGAUGAAAUAGAUGAAAAAAAACCUUCAAUUCUUGAUUUAGAAGAUCAAACUAUUGAAAUUCUAAUGACUGAACUUAGUUCAACGACGUUAAGUAAAUUCUAUCAUAAUCCUUUAGAAGGUGAAUCAGGAACUGAAGGAGGUUUAAGAAUUGGUCAAGAAACUGGUUUGUGCAACCUUUAUCCUGAAGCGCGACUGGAUUCUUAUCUCUUUAAACCAUGUGGAUAUUCUGCAAACGGGUUGCUGGGAGAUAGUUAUUUCAAUGUUCACGUUACUCCUGAACCUAUUUGUUCCUAUGCUUCGUUUGAGUCUAACAUUCCGGUAAAUUCCGGAUCUUUUAUGGAUGUCAUCCGACAAGUGAUUGCGAUCUUUGAACCUGGAAAAUUUAGUGUAACCGUUUUUAAAUCCCAAGAAGGUAGCUUUGAUAAAAAAUUAUUGGUUGAAUUUAUUGAUGUCAUUGAUGGGUAUUCUAGAAAAGAUCGAAUAUUGUAUGAUCUUGAUGGUUAUGAUUUAAUUUUUGGACAUUUUGAAAAAAAGAAAUAA